AUGCCUCAGGCAAAAGCAAAACCCUCGGAGAUUGCUUCCGAGGCCAAGAAAACUUACACUCCUUACAUUCAAUCUCAGUUGCCGCAAUUUCCUCCUGUGUCCAUUUCAUAUCCGGACUCAUCCAAGUUUCAUCUCAACCCACGAGCCGGCUAUGGACACAAGCUUCGUGUAGCAGUCAUUACUGGCGAUCCGGUUGAUGCAGCCUUGGACUGGGACGAAUCAAACUUCAAAGCGAACGGAUCUUCCAAGCAGCUGGGAGCAAUACCCGUGGUCAGCAUGGCCAACGAGAAACGGGCUGGAGGUGACUGGGAGUCUGGUCUCAUAGCUCCAGAGGAAUGCCUCUGCCGACGUUCGAACCUCGCCAAGGUUCUAACAACGCCUAGCCAUACAUCUGCCCAGGUCCCUCACUACCCAAUUCGAACAACUGGUGGGAUUUAUUCUCCUCAUGUCGUAGUCUUUCGCUCUGGAGCUGACAAAAACUACUCUAUGUGGAAGGAUUGGAAGGUCUUACCCAUCAUUUCCGUUGCACCAAUUCGGCGCCCCAAACUUGACGAGUCUGGCGCAGAUUACUCCUUCAGCCAAGAACGAGAGCUGAUGAAAGAAAAAAUGAGGACAGUACUCAGGAUUGCUGCCCUGCGGCAGCAUCCGGAUCUAUGCAUUGGGUCUUUUGGUGUUGGUUUUGGAUUUCGCAACCCAGCGGUCCAGGUAGCAAGCAUGUGGAGAGAACUUCUCUUCUGCGAAUCUGAAUUCCAAGGAGCUUUCUCUAACAUAGUUUUCGUCUUGGAGAGUGCCUCGAAUGGUACUUCGAAAAGCGGCCUGACUGAUCUUGAGGUCUUCAAAAGGGAAUUCGAUCCCUCGAACGUCAUCAAGACCAGCUUCAGAUGA